AUGAAGCACAUCGCAGCCUACCUCUUGCUCACCCUCGGUGGUAAGGAGAACCCCUCCGCCGCCGACAUCAAGGCUCUCCUCGAGACCGUCGGCAUCGAGGCCGAGUCCGAGCGUCUCGACAAGCUCAUCGAGGAGCUCAACGGCAAGGACAUCAACACCCUCAUCGCUGAGGGCCAGGAGAAGCUUGCCUCCGUCCCCUCGGGUGGUGCCGCCCCCGCCGCUGCUGCCGGCGGUGCUGCCCCCGCUGCCGGUGGUGCUGCUGCCAAGGAGGAGGAGAAGAAGGAGGAGGAGAAGGAGGAGUCCGACGACGACAUGGGAUUCGGUCUCUUCGACUAA